AGAGUUCAGUCAGAGGAGUAGCCAGUCGCGGCCACGGCACACACACACACACUCCGCCACAGCCCGUCCGCCAGUCACCAACCCGCCUCCGCCAGUACCACCUGUUGCCAUCAUCACCGCUCCCUCCAGCAGCCAUACUCCUGCAAUACUUUCAACUCCUCUUAAAACGGCCCAUUGUUUUAUCAGUCACCAUUCUCUCUCUCGUCGCUGCAGAAACAAACCUCGCACUCGCUGUACAAAAUCAUCGUAAUAGUCAACGGAAUAGACAUUGAUCGAUCUCCUUUCAGUCUUGGUGGUGUUCGUAGAGAUUUAGAGUAACCAAAGAAAACGAGAAGAGGAACAGACUCUCAUAGCUGACAUAAAUAAAUAAAAGUUCUGUGAAUAACUCGCUUGUCUAAUGUGAUAUUUCCUGCACAACGAAGGAGACACUGACACGUUAAGCUAACAUUGUUCGCUAAAUAAAAAUAAAUAAAGAAAUAAUAAAAACGUAUCAUACUCAUUAGUAUUCCGUAUAAAGGUGGUUGCGUAAUUUGGUGAGUGCGUGUGUGCGCGUAUACAGUAGUGAAACGGCAGAAAAUUUGAGUCGCCGUGUCCUUUGGUCCAAGUACUCUUUCACUGACACACAUACACACAUACACCAGGGAGAGACACAACAAGAUAAACACAUUACACAAAGGAAUAACUCACUACUAAAAUAGCGAAGGUUACACAUACUAGCUAAAGAAAAAUAUAACAAAACAAAACCGUAAAAAAAUAUUUGAUUUAGCAACACAUUAAUCACAACACACACACACACACACACACAAACGGACGCACGGACACGCGAACCUUUGUAUUGUGUGAGUUGUCGUCGUCUUCAUCGCAGUCGUCAUGAGGGACAGAAAGUCAUGGAACGUGCCCGCCUCCACCUUCGCCAAGAACACCUUCAACCCCAUCAGGAACAUAGUGGAGAACAUACAGAUUGUUCCUCACCCAGACAAGGCCAUGAUUGCUCUCUCCAUAGGUGACCCCACGGUGUUUGGGAACCUCAAACCAGCCCCGGAGGUCGUGGAGGCGGUGGUGGAGGCGACGCGUCGCGGCUCCUGCAAUGGUUACGUGUCCAGCACAGGCAUGGAGGCGGCACGUGCGGCGGUAGCUAAGUACUGCUCGGUGGAGGGCAAACUGGAACUGCAGGCUAAGGACGUGGUGCUGUGUUCCGGCUGUUCUUGCGCCCUGGACUUGUGUAUCACGGCCCUGUGCAGCCCCGGACAGAACCUGCUGGUGCCUCGCCCUGGUUUCCCCAUCUACAGGACCCUGGCUGUGGGACUCGGCGUACAGACUAAGGACUACAAUCUACUGCCGGAGAGGAACUGGGAGAUCGACCUUGAGAUGCUGGAGGCCUCGAUUGACGACCAGACAGCGGCAAUCGUCGUCAACAACCCGUCCAACCCUUGUGGCUCCGUCUACAAUAAAGAACACCUGACUGCUAUCCUCGAGGUGGCCGCCAGGAACAAGGUGCCGAUCAUUGCCGAUGAAAUCUACGACCACUUUGUGUUUGAGGGACAGGAGUACCAUCCCAUCGCCUCACUGACGGAAGAGGUGCCAGUGCUCUCCUGUGGCGGCCUCACCAAGAGGUUCCUUGUGCCCGGCUGGAGGAUGGGUUGGAUUACCAUCUGCGACAGGGGCAACGUGCUGGACCGGGAGGCAAGAAAUGGAUUGCAGUCACUGAGUCAGAGGAUCAUAGGAAGCAACACACUGGUCCAGGGCGCCUUGCCAACCAUCCUCGCCAGUACACCGCAGUCCUUCUUCACUGACACCCUCGCCCAGAUACAGGCAAAUGCUGAGCUGUCUUACUCCAUUCUGCGGGAGGUGCCAGGCCUGAACCCCAUCAUGCCCCAGGGAGCGAUGUACAUGAUGGUGGGCGUGGACAUGGCGAAGUUCCCCGGACUGAAGAAUGACCUGGAGUUGGUAGAGCGUAUGAUUUCCGAGGAGUCUGUCUUCUGCCUGCCAGGAAAGUGUUUUGACUACCCGAACUACAUGAGAAUCGUGCUGACGGUGCCCGAAACACAGCUGCGGGAAGCGUGCAACAGGAUCAUCGCCUUUUGCUCCCGCCACCACGUCUCCGCCCACGUCAAUAGCCUCGCCCACGCCAACGGCCACGUCAACGGCUGCGAGGCGGAAUCUUUCAAAAAUGUAGAUAAAGCUAUGGUGGUAGAAGUGAAGUCUGGGAGUGAGUGAGUGAGUAAUGAAUUGAUUGAUUAGUUGCUUGUUCAAUUGGCUGGUUAAGUAAGUGAUCUAGUGCAUUUAAGCGUUGCAAGAUUGAUACUAUUUUAGCGCUAGUUUGAGGAGGAGUGGGGUGUCUUAGUGAACGAGUGAGAAAGUGAGUGAGUGAGAGAAUAUUUUUACAUACUACGGAGGUACUUUUUGAUGAAGAACUUCGGGAAACUAUUCAUAAUCUUAAGCAGCAACACAGUUAGUUAGUUAGUUCGUUAGCUAGUGGGAGGGACUAUGUCGAUGGGCCAGCAGUGCAAGUGUACGCGUAUACCUGGCAGCCCAUCACAGCAGCAGCACCUUCUCUUCUCUUCCACGUCCUGGUGGUCUGUAUAGGGAUUAAAAAAACCAAGUGUCCCUCAUACUCCACAUUUCUCCCAUCCGUAAUUUUUGAACUGCAAGAUUAACUGAGAUGGGAAGCCUGUAGGAUGGACGAGAUGGAAUAAGUGAAUAGAAGACAACUAAAUAUUCAUACUCUCAUCUUCUAUUUUUAGUUAUUGUUCUAGUAAUGAUUUGUAAUGGUAAUGAUUGUGACGAUUGCAUUCCUUAGCACUUUUAGGUAUUUUAGGGAUCUAGAAUGUGGGAAACACGUGUGAGCUGAGGCAUGAUAAGGGAAUUAGUGGUGGUAGUACGGGAUGGGGAGGAUGGGGAUGAGAUGCAGUUCGUAAAGGUAUAUUGAAGGGAAUGGAUAGGGAUGUGUAUUGUGUAGGUCCGCAAGAAUAGAGUCAAUAUUAUAGCUUACGUUGUUAUGUAGCAUCGGGGACUGUGCAAAUGUAGACGUUUAAGAAGUGUUAGCAGUAGUGAGUAAAUAGAUUGCUUGAUUUAUGACCAUGAAGAGCUCAACUUACACCGAUCUAACCACAAACACUAAGGCGCCACGUACUGGAAGGUGUGCUUAGAUCCUUCGUUCAUUCAUUAGUGCAAUAAACAGGCCAUCACUGCCACUCUUUCCUCCUCAUUAACUCAGGAACUCCUUGCUUUUAUUCAUGUGUACCUCUCCCACCACUAUUCUGUCUAAUGCACCAAUGUAAUGGUUAAUUUUCUUCACUCUUUUUAUCUCCUUCAUUGGUAAAUUCUAUACCUUUCUAACACUAAUACAAUGUACUAGCCCCUCUCACCACACUAACCCUCACCACUAAAAAUCAACCCCCCCCAACACACCGCCGCCAACAACAGCAGGAGCAGCACCAACAAUAAAACUUACACAAAUCAUGCAUUUUUCCUGUAUUGAUGUGUUGAAAGGGAGGAAUAUUGUGACAGCUGUAAGACGAAACUGACCAACCUGUCUAGAACCGUCAUUCAAUCAAAUAUUAUAAAAGCACCAAAUAAGUUCUUUUUUUUUUUCUUGUUAUAUUUUUCACAUACAUCUCUUAUAUUCCUUAGCCAGUGUUCUAUAAAGGUAAUAAAACGAAAAAAAAAAAAACUGGCGCCGGAAAGAGAUCUAGACUAAGCACCUUUUCUGACAACGAAGGCCUUAAUUACAUGAGCUUAAUCACCUUGUACUGUACAACGAAAUGCGUACACACAGACUACACUAGACGUACACACCUGAAUAUAUAUGUAAGUACUUAAACAUAGGUACACAUAAAACCACAUAUGUAGAUAUACCAUGAAAAUAUAUCCGUGCUAAUGACAGAUACAAACAUACACACGUGCACAUACAAACGUUUAUAAAUAAAAGCAUAAAUGUACGUGUACCAACAGAAAAGGUACAAAAUAUUCCAUAUAUAUAUAUAUAUAUAUAUAUAUAUAUAUAUAUAUAUAUAUAUAUAUAUAUAUAUAUAUAUAUAUAUAUAUAUAUAUAUAUAUAUAUAUAUAUAUAUAUAUAUAUAUAUAUAUAUAUAUAUCAAUAAACAAUGUAGUGAUAUUGUAGUGAUUGUCAUUGUUACAAGAAUAAUUAGCGAAGGCUUGCAUAGGAUAGAGUAGUAGUAUUAGAAGAGUAAGUUGUGAUUAUACGUACGAAGUAGUAGAAUGAAACGCCUCUUCGUCCAGGGAGAGGAGAAAUAAAAUGCAUUGUUAUUUCUAGUGUUACGUAAUAUAUCUUUCCAGUGUUAAUUCUCUCGUUGCUCAUUGAUCAUCAAGUAAAUAAGCCAUUGUACACAUAUCACAAUAAUAAAAUUUUUGAAUAAUAAAGACAAUUUAACAUUA